AUGAAGGAAACUAAGGCCACAAAAAGAUGUUCCAAGGUCGGAACACAUACGCUGGAAUGUAAUGAUGAUGACAACUCUCAAGAGUUGUCUGUAUAUGAUUACGAAAAAUAUAAAAAAUCUUACGGUAAAAUGAAUGAUGCCAAUAAGUGGGUACUCACAACCGGAACC